AUGAUUCGCCGCAAGCCGACUGUUAUCACCAUCACAACGGAAGACAUAAUCUCUUUUGAAGAAUCCCGGUUACUUCGACAAAAAGAGCAGCAAAAAUUGCAACAAGGGCAACAAAAUACUGGCGCUAGCAGUGAAAACAAAUCUGGAGCUGUUGAUCCAAACGACGAAUUAAAACCUUUACCAGGCGAUAAGGCGAGAAUCAUCAGGAGCCGAGAUGACAGGAUUGGCGUGACGCGAAGAGGCUAG